CGCGAGACGGUAGCUGCCGGACGCGGCGGACCGCUGAGGUGCGGACCUGAGGAGAUGGAGCCCCCAAAGGUGGAAAAGUUCAGCACCGCCAACAGGGGAAACGGGCUGCGCGCCUUGGCGCAGCUGCGCCCCGGAGAGCUGCUCUUCCGCUCGGAUCCCUUGGCGUACACGGUGUGCAAGGGGAGUCGUGGCGUCGUCUGCGACCGCUGCCUCCUCGGGAAGGAAAAGCUGAUGCGAUGUUCUCAAUGCCGAGUUGCAAAAUAUUGUAGUGCUAAGUGUCAGAAAAAAGCUUGGCCGGACCACAAGCGGGAAUGCAAAUGCCUUAAAAACUGCAAACCCAGGUAUCCCCCCGAUUCUGUUCGACUGCUUGGAAGAGUUGUUUUCAAACUUAUGGCAGAAACACCGUCUGAAUCAGAGAAACUUUACUCAUUUUAUGAUCUGGAGUCAAAUAUUAACAAACUGACUGAAGAUAAGAAAGAGGGCCUUAGGCAACUCGUAAUGACAUUUCAACAUUUCAUGAGAGAAGAAAUCCAGGAUGCUUCUCAGCUGCCACAUUCCUUUGACAUUUUCGAAGCUUUUGCAAAAAUACAUAAGCUCCCUGAAGCCAGGGAUACCUUCUACCUUGUUCAUCAUCCUAUCCUCAGCAAACUAGCACUUUGAUCAGGACAUUGUGAAUAUUCAAGUAUUUAUUAAUAAAUAAUGAUUAAUGCACUUCCUGGUAUUUACCCAAAGCAGGAGGAAACUUAUGCUUUCAAAAAUCUGCACAUGGUUAUUUAUAAGCGGCUUUAUUCGUAAUUGCCAAAUCUUGAAGGAAGCAAGAUGGUUUUCUCUAAUUGAAUGGAUAAGAAACUGAGCUACAUCCUAUAAUGAAAUAUUAUUCAGCACUAAAAAGAAAUGAGCUGUCAAGCCAAGAAAAGACAUGGAGGAGCCUUAGAUGCAUAUAAUGAA